AUGAUAUAUAUUGACGGUGAAUAUCAGGAGCGGAUCCAGGAUGAAAUGCUUGAACACUGCAACACCGAGCUGGAGCGGAAGUAUUCCCUUGUGUGUGCCAGUCACGUGUGCCAAUCCAACAACACAUUCGAACAUGGGACGACGUUUCAUCAAGUUGCAAACUAUUCGUGUGAACUUGGCUUCACGCUUAUUGGCACAGACUUAAGAGUAUGUCUAGAGAACGGAACAUGGAACGAAAGUGAGCCUGGUUGUGAACUUAUUGAGUGUGGCCUCCCACCAUCACUUCCUCACGGCUCGUUCAGAUUACCGUCUGGUACCGUGUACCUAAGUACAACGUUUCAACAAUUUGCAAUCUAUUUGUGUGACCUUGGCUUCACGCUCAUUGGCACAUACCAAAGAGCAUGUCUAGAGGACGGAACAUGGAACGAGACUGAGCCUGUUUGUGAACUUGUGGAUUGUGGCCUCCCUCCAGCACUUCAAAACGGCUCAUACAGCUUAUCUUCUGGUACCGUGUAUCUAAGUCACGUGUUUUACUCGUGCGAUAUAGGGUUUACUCUUUCCGGAAAUGCCACCAUCAUUUGCACUCAUACUGGUAUAUGGAACGACACCAUGCCGAAAUGCACACUAGUUGACUGUGGACCAGUGACAGCACCAGUCAACGGUUCAGUUGUAAUUAAUGGAGGUACAACGUUUCAUCAAGUUGCAAACUAUUCGUGUGAACUUGGCUUCACGCUUAUUGGCACAGACCUAAGAGUAUGUCUAGAGAACGGAACAUGGAACGAAAGUGAGCCUGGUUGUGAACUUAUUGAGUGUGGCCUCCCACCAUCACUUCCUCACGGCUCGUUCAGAUUACCGUCUGGUACCGUGUACCUAAGUACAACGUUUCAACAAUUUGCAAUCUAUUUGUGUGACCUUGGCUUCACGCUCAUUGGCACAUACCAAAGAGCAUGUCUAGAGGACGGAACAUGGAACGAGACUGAGCCUGUUUGUGAACUUGUGGAUUGUGGCCUCCCUCCAGCACUUCAAAACGGCUCAUACAGCUUAUCUUCUGGUACCGUGUAUCUAAGUCACGUGUUUUACUCGUGCGAUAUAGGGUUUACUCUUUCCGGAAAUGCCACCAUCAUUUGCUCUCAUACUGGUUUAUGGAACGGCACUGUGCCACAAUGCACACUAGUUGACUGUGGAUCAGUGACAGCACCAGUCAACGGUUCAGUUGUAUUAUCUGGAGGCACAACGUAUGGUGAGGUUGCUAACUUUACAUGUGAUGAUGGUUUUGUGAUCACUGGCAGCGACAGUAUCAGAUGUAAUGCAAGCGGCCUUUGGAAUGCAUCAACACCAACGUGCAGUGUUCAAGGUGUUGUAAAAGAAAAGCUUAAACCUCUUUAUAUCAUGCCGUGUUUAUGCAACCUCGACAAGACGUUUGCUGGACUCACACAGGAGGAGAUCAUUAGGCAGCUUAUUGAGAACACGACUAUCAAUAGGAAGAACACUUCUGCAUACAUAUACAAACACAUAUGCCGAGAAGAUAACCGUCCAGUAAGCGUAGCUACAGGAUUAUUCAGCGCGUGUGUCUUCAGUGCUCUACUCGCGGUAAUAGUAUGUUCGGAUGUGAAGCAUUUCUUGCGACACCUGAGAAACUACGGAGCCAUGUUUGACCGAUCUCGAUAA